UUCACGAGUUACCUGUUGUGUUACAUAUAAAUAAUAAGUUAAAAUAAUGUUGUUAGUAUUUCUAAAGAAAAAAUAAAAUCAUGUCUAAUGCAUCAUGUGAUAAGUGGCUUUUGUUAAAAAUUUUGGAAUUUUUGAUGUGCGUAGCAUGCGUAGUUUGUAAGCGGAUAACUGACGAUGAAACCACACGAGUACAUCUAAUUCUUCAACGAUUAUCAAGGGAAUGGUCAUUACUACGAAAUGUGACAUGGGGACGUGUUGGAACAGCUUUAGGUGAUGCCACAUACGGUGGUUAUGUGAUAAUAACAGCUGGCCUUCUGAUUGGACGGUUAGUAGGAGAAAUUCCUCAAGGAAAACGAAUCAUGGAAUAUUUUUUAUUGGGUCUUGGUACCAUUUUAUUUGUUUUAUUAGCAAGUUUGGAAUUAUUUGGGGUCGAUGAUUUACCCGAUAAUUUAGUAGAUAACGCAAUAGUUUUGGGAACUUUGUCAAUGUUUACUGCAUUAUUAUUUUUAAUUGACCUUGCUGGUCCACGAAAAUCUAAAUCUAUGAAGAAAGCUGAAUCACAAAAACCAUCAAACCAAACACAGCCGCAGCCUGUGCGACCAAAACCAGUAUUGAAACCUCAAGUGUUACCGACCUCACCAGAACCAAAGAAAAGAGAAGAAACUCGACCAAAACUACUUGAAACAACAUUUCCAGCAAAUGUUGAAACGGAAAUCAUAACUGAUUGGGAACCAUACAGAAAUCGUUCACCGUUAAUAAAACAAAGUCGUUCAAUCCAAACCCAAGCAAACGGAAUGUCUAAUGGAAUACAUUCAAACGGAAUACAUUCAAACGGAAUACACUCAAACGGAAUACAGCCAAAUGGAAUACACUCAAACGGAAUACAAAAAUUACAACCACUUUCAUCUGCACCAUCUGUACCCCCAGAUCCACCAGCUUGGAUGACGUCUCCCCACCCACAAACAAUAACAACAGUUCCAUUAAAAAUUGAAACAAAUAAUCUUCAUUCUCCAAUUUGGAGCAAAUUGCGUUCUCAGUCGUAUAAACAACAGGGUGAUACAUUAUCACCGAUAAAAAAAUCUCAAACUACAUCGUUUUUAUUGCCAAUGCCUCCAUUUAACGAACAGCGAGAUGAUAGCUCACCAGAAACAACACAGAGUAGUCCAAUUGAUCCUGGAUAUGUACAAUAUACGGUGGAAAAAUGGGGACAAAAGGUUGAAAACACCAAAACUCCACGUCAUAGUCCUACCGAAGUAUAACAAGAUAGAAGAUGUACCUUUAAAUGUAGAUUAACCAAAGAGGUCUCAUAUAAAUUUAAAAGACUUAAGCCCCGUUAGGGAAACAAAUAAA